AUGAUUGAAAAGAGAUUUGUACGGUAUACAUACAGAAAGUCUUCCAUUUGCCAGAAAGAAGGCCAAUCUAAAUUAAAUUCCUCAAUACGGAAGAAGAAUGACCACAAAAUCUGCUGCUCCAGGAGGUGCAUACUGACGUUGAAAUCCUGCAUAAGAAAAACAAGGCAAAGGAAGAAUAUUGGGGAUAAAGAAGGGAGAACCGCACCAGAAGAUUUCAGCCAGAGCUUCCCUUCCUUGAAAUUUUCAGAGGAGAAGUCUUCUCAUUUGGGUCUCGGACGAAAUGUUGUGAAUGUAGAUGGUGAUGAUGGAACGAAAAGAUAUAAAAAAAGGAUGAGGAAACGAAAGAGGAAAGCUAUUGUGCUAGAUGAGGCAGCACGCUUGCAAAGGAGAACAAGAUAUCUCCUUGUUCGUAUGAAACUGGAGCAGAAUCUCAUUGAUGCAUACUCUGCAGAGGGCUGGAAAGGCCAAAGGUACUCAGUAUGUAGUGAUUAAUUUUUUUCAUGGGAAACCAGAGAAGAUAAGUACGAGAAAAUUAAUGUGAUCCAAAUUAUAGAAUUCGUAUCAACAGUUGCUUUAUUUUUUAUACCUAACCACUUUAUUAAAUGAUUAAUUCGAUUUGGAAUGCAUUAAAUUCUUAUUUUCGACGAUUUUUCGGAUACCAAUCGUUUUUUUUUCCUACACUGAUAUUCCCUUUAAUGAUGCUCUUCAAAAGGAUUUAUCACCUAAGAUUUGACUCGGAAUAUUAUCGAAAUUUGCAGUUUUUUUUGCCAUCGGAAAUUAUCUGCCACCUGCUACUCUCUCUGAGUGAAACCUUCUGUGACGAAAUUGACCAGAAGACAAAACUAAAAGUUCCUUUAUGGGUUAGUGGGCAGAGUCUUUGUCAUCCGUCACCGCUGAGUUAAAGAUUUUACUAUGAAGGUGUUCACAGUGGCCACUUUAUCGAUGAGUGACAUUGUUCACCUUCACAUUUAAUUUUAAUGAUUAAAUGCUAAGUUUAGUUUGGAUCUAUUUUGGCCCUUUCAUAAGGUCAAUUUUGAAGUUUAUUUCCUCCCCUGCUCGUCUUUCAUUCCUGUCACUGGUCAACUUCCGUGGUUGUUUUCGUUUGUACCCUUUUUUUAUGCAAUCUCUAUGGCAAAGUUUCAAGGAAAGGAAAUGAAGUGAAUGUCAUUUUAGUGGGACAAAUGUAUGCUUCACUAUUUGACUUUGUGUACUCAGUUGUCAAAAACCACAGCUUUGUCAAAAUAAUGGCUUCCAUUUUAUGUUAUGUCCAAUCAAAGCCUAUUCAUACCCUUCUUUCAUCUGACCCGCGGGAUUGUCUCAUUAUUGGAUUAUUAUAUGCAUGCCCUACCAAGAUAAAAGCUACAAUAAAGUCAUUCACCAGCAUCCUAGAUUUGAUGCUCCGGCGAAUUUUUUAUUCUGGUAAGCGGUAGCAUUUCUUCUGGCUUUGCGAACAUUUGCCUUAAAUAAUAUCACUUCGUACCUUAUUAAAAAAAAUUCUGAGGAUAUUUUAUCUGAAAACUAAUAACUCGACUUUAUUGCAUCAGAGAAUUUGAUUAUUUUUUCCAAACCUUUUUACAGCCGGGAAAAGAUUAGACCUGAGAACGAGUUACAAAGAGCAAGAAAGCAGAUAUUGAAUUGCAAAGUUGGAAUUCGUGAUGCAAUCCAUCAGCUAGAAUUGCAAAGUUCUGAAGGAUGCAUUGAGGAUUCCGUGAUGCACCCAGAUGGCUCUGUCCAUCAUGAACAUGUACGGAUAUACUCUAGUUUAAUGUUAUUAAAUUUGAAAUCAGUGUAGAUCCUUUAAUGCUAUUGAACCUUAAAUUAAUGUUCAUUGAGAUAUGUGCUAAAAUCCAUUCCUUUGUGACUGUGUACGUAUGCCAUCGGUUACAUUCGACCAAUAAACCUGAAUUUUUAUUUUUUUCCUGAAUACCUUGGAUGGAUAAUAGGUACCAUGGGAACGAAAUGAGUGUAGGCGUUCACAUUUUUAUUUCAAAAAUAUGAUGUUGGUGUAUCCAUAAACUAGAACUUCUCUCUGAAGUAUCUGUUCUCUGUUCGUCCUCUAAUAUGUGUCAAUACUCUGUUUCCAGAUUUUUUGUGCAAAAUGCAAAUCACGUGAAGCUUUUUCAGAUAAUGACAUUAUUUUGUGCGAUGGGACAUGCAACCGUGCUUUUCAUCAGAAGUGUCUGGAGCCUCCUCUAGAAAAAAGUACAUAAUUAUUUACCUUUUUUUUAACUUCAAAAGAUCAUGCAGAAAAGAUGUUGCUUCAUUAUCACGUGUUUUCGUGCUGUUCAUGUCGUAUGAAUUUGAUAUGCUUUUUUUUUGUUUAAAUAUUUACAAGGAAUACUUAUGUAGAUGCCUUGUGACACUUUCCCUGUUGAAUAGAUUCUCAUCAGUUCCAGUUUUAUUAGUCGUAUCUGUAUCAGUAUAUGCAGGUCUCAAUUUUCUGAUGAAACACUCAUGGAUCAUGUUCAUUUUUCUAGAGAUCAAUUUUUAUUUCUGCAUGGCAACUACAAAAAAAAUGGAGAAUCUCAUGUUUCAUCACAAAUGUUCUGUGCGUUAAUAGUUCUAACGAAAUUAGUUAAAUGGCGAUAAAUAAUUAACAAUAUGGCCAGCAUGUACAAUUGUCUAAUUGUCCAGGAUUUGAACGCCUCAAACUUUUCCCUUUUUAAGGUGCUCGUCUCAUCAGUCAAUAUGAUCUAAAAUGUAAAAUGUAAGAAUGUCAAUGUCAACCAUUCUUCUUCAGCCAAAUCUUCUGUAUUUGUCUAGCCUGUAUCACAUAUUCUCUUCGUAGACUUAUGACAGUAUCGUCAUCAAAGAAGCUGCCUUAAUUGCUGGAUAAUCGGAUCUUCAAUGACUUGAAUAGAUAUUUCCUUAGCUUUAUUAUCUUUAGCUUUUCAAAGUUUUAUUUUUUCUCUUGUGUUGGUCUCAACAAGGAAGAUGACUGAUUUUAAUUCAUUGUAUCAGUUCCCCCUGGAGAUCAAGGAUGGCUUUGCAAAUUUUGCGAAUGCAAGAUGGAAAUUCUAGAAGCCGUUAAUGCGCAUUUAGGCACCAGCUUCUCCGUCAAUAGUAGGUGGGAGGUCUGUAUAAAUCUCCACAUCCCCUUGUUUUUGAAACUGUAUUGAAUAUGAUGUUUACGCUGCUAGAAACGUCUAGUACUUUCUCUUGAAUAGGACUCCUAACUCUGAAAAUUAUAUGUUUGGAGCUAAAAUAGGAUAUUUUCGAGGAAGCUGCUGGCAGCCAUGACGGUGAGAACGCAUAUCUGGAUCCAUCCCAAGAUUGGCCCUCUGAGGAUUCUGAAGAUGAUGACUACAACCCGGAAAUAAAUGAGAAAAAUAAUAGUUUGAUGGGCAACGAUGACAACAAACGUGAUGAUGACGCUUGCAGUUCUUCUGACUCGUGCUGCUGCUCUGAUGAAGCUAGUUUUGAGUUCCAAAGGCCAGUGAAUGAUGGUAAGGAUGCUCGUGAACUCUCUUUUUAUGCCUUUAUUCUGGAGGAGUCAUUCCACUUAUCCAUGGCUCGUUUAGAUUCGGAUGAUGCAGGUGAUCGUGAUGCUAUGAACUUCAGACGGCAGAGAAGAGAUGUAGAUUACAGGAAAUUAUAUGACGUAAGUGCUGGACGUGAUGUGAUCUAGCUUGGCUGUUCUAACCUGGAUGCAGCAUAUUGAUAUUUUUGUAUUAAAUAUGCCUAAGAUAGUGCAUGCCCUCGUAGUAAAGGAAUCAUCUCUAUCAGCCGAUGUCCAGCCAGAAUAAUCAAUAGUUCUAGGGUUUGGUUUCUUUUUUUCGUUUUUUUUACCAGUUGCUUGCCAGAUUUCAUCCAACUAGGAGAUGGCAUAGAAAACGUACGUGACAUAACCUAGAGUAAGAGUGGGCUAGUCAAAAACCCUACAAGACUGUAGAAAUCGUCUUUUGGAUGAGGAUUUCAGAAAAAUUUUGAAUGACAGCCAGCGGAGCUGAGAGGCUGAGUUAGGAUUACGAAAAUUUUCAGAAGUGUUGUUGUCUUCAUUUACGCUCAUACUGUGUUCUUGAUUCGUUCGAAGUCAUGAAUAGAUAUUAUUUAAGUGACGUUUAUAGAUUUGGAUCUCAUGAAAUUUGUAAUCUCCCUUCAAUUUUGAUCGCUAGCAGCCGGGCACUGAUUUCCCAACUCAUUUUCAUUUGAUUCGAAUGCGGUAAUUCUUGAUUCAUAGGAAAUGUUUGGAAAGGAUCAGCAUGAAAAUGAGCAAAGCGAAGACGAAGACUGGGGACCCCGGAGUAGAAGGCAAAGAAGGCGAAGAAGACUGGAAUCUAAUGAUGGCACCGACAAUGGGUCUUGUGGAGAUGCUGAUCAAGAACCAGAAAAGCAAUUUAACACAGACAUUCAAAUCAGUCCGCCUUGCAUUUCACAGGAGAGGAAGUGUCUCUUCAGGAUUCCACGUGAGGCUGUGGAGGUGAUUAAGCCCCUUCUCUUGACGCUAUAUAAUUUCCAUUUAAUUCCCAGCUGCAUAUUUCUCUGGUUGCCAGAAACCGGAAAUUAGCUUAAACAAGGAAUCAUAAUCUACUUUGCAAACGCUGGAUUAAUUUCCAUCCGAUUUUGAUAUUCUAAGAAGAGUUUCUUAUUCGCAAGGGGAUUUCUAUCCUGAUACAUAUGUUGUAGAGUGUGUCCCAUAUAAAUGAAUCGGCAGAGCUCAAGAAGGUUGGUCAUUAGCGAUGGAAUUCUUGUCCCAUGGUUGACUUUGCAUGAUUUCUAUUGAUUUUUUAAGUCAUGUAGCUUCUUACGAGGGCAUUCAGCUUCCCCUUUUUAUGACAGAAACUGCGCCAAGUGUUUGCCCAAAACGAGCUUCCUUCCAAGGCCAUCAAGGAGGAUCUCUCAAGGGAGCUGGGCCUCUCAUCUGAGAAGGUUUGUCGGCGCCCAUCUCAACAAUCGCCUCCUCAACCUUUGCCGAGAAACCUCACACGGCGUACAUUUGAUAACAUUUUUGCAAUAUCCAAUAUUUAACUUUAUUAAAUAUCUCAUUCCAUAUCUAGUAAUAUGUAAGUGGGCCAUUUUCCCUGCCAUUUAAUGUUGCUUUAACCAGCUGCUGCUGCAUCAUAGCUGCCGCGUUUGAGCAUUCGUGAUCGAUCAUUUCCCUCUUUUCAGGUCAGUAAGUGGUUUAAGAAUGCCCGGUAUGCAGCCCUCAAAAUCAGAAAGGUAAUUCUCAGCGCCUCUCCUGGUCUGCUUAUCCAUCUAGUUAGCUGGGAUCAUCUAGUAAUAAUAAUGCGUAUGCAUAUAUAUAUAUAUAUAUAUAUAUGUAUAUGUAUAUUCGUUUCCCUUGGUACAUUGAUUACGUUUGAGUGAUUUCAUUCAGACAUCGAAUGCCCAGAAGUCGCCCUUUUGACUUUCCAUUUCAGGCCGAAGGUUCCGAAGUUCUGGGUGAUUACCUCAAAAGGCUGGGCACGAGAGUUGGGAAGAACGGAAGCCAUCUCCUUGCAUCUUCCAAGAGCCUCAGGGAAGAUCUCCAGACGACGAGUCCGAAGUCAGCCUCUCCGAUCUCAGAAAAGAAGCAUGAAAACGCCUCUCUUACUCUACCCGCUGACCCGACCAAGGUACUCCCCUCUCUCUCUCUCUCUCUCUCUCUCUCUCUCUCUCUCUCUCUCUCUCUCUCUCUCUCUCUCAUCAUUCCUCUUCUCUCUCUUCAGCUGCCGCGCAUUGCUCUUUCCUCCCCGUAUCAGGCAAACUACUCGGCUGCUCCUGACGAUCCGAUGAACCAAUCGGAGGAGACUGCGGGUGCCGAAGACGACAAGAGCCCUUUCCUUGAUGAGAUGGAGAGGUUGUGUUCUCUCUGCGAGAAGAUCACCCGGUUGAAGGUGGCGCUGAGGGCCUCUUGCGAGCCCAGUUCAUCUGGGCCCGUUGUCGUCUACAUUCCAGUGGCCGAGCUGAGGGAGAAGGUCUAA